ACUUGGUGAGGUAUGCUCCUGCCAUCAGGAGGCAGCACACAGGGAUUCACUCAAGUAACUGCUACCGUAGAUGGUCUAGGCUUGAAUACAGGGAUCUUGGAGAUGUCCAGUCUGGGCAGAUGUGUAUCCUGAGCUCCAAUGAUCAUGAUGAGACCCAGGCUACUCGUGGUGGUUUCCAGGUCCUGGAGGUUCUGUGCCCG